AUGGAGGAUCAGAAGAAAAGUCUUGAUGAUGGAAAACUUGUUGCCAUGGGGAAAAUGGAUCUAUCUAAGGCAUUUGAUAGUCUUCCUCACUCGCUGCUAAUAAGCAAGCCUCGGGCAUAUGGUCUAAACAACUGUAGCUGCGCGCUUUUACAGGACUAUCUUACAGGGAGAUCUCAGAGGGUGAAGGUUGGUGAUGAAUUGUCAUGCUGCGAGUUAAAUCUACGAGGUGUACCCCAGGGUAGUGUCCUUGGACCGCUGUGCUUCAACAUCUUUCUUAAUGACUCAUCAUACUUUAUUUCGCGUGUGAGCCUCAAUGCAGAUGCAGACGUUCAGCAGCUGUAUGGCGCGGAUAGUGAUCACGCGGACAGUGAUCACGCGGACAGUGAUCACGCGGACAGUGAUCACGCGGAAAGUGAUCACGCGGAAAGUGAUCACGCGGACAGUGAUCAUACGGCCUUGUAUGCAAGUCUAGACCACGAGUUAAAGGAGGCAAUACAGUGGUUCAGCAAGAAUGGCUUGAUGGCUAGUCAUAGCAAAUUUCAACUGUUGGUGUUAGGUAGUACUGAGCAGGACUUUUCUUUCAAUAUUGCUGGACAACAAAUAAAGAAGUGUGGUGAUGUUGACCUUUUAGGGGUUAAUAUAGAUUACAAACUCUGUUUUGACAAGCACAUCUCAUCUAUUUGUAGCAAGGUUAACAAAAAAUUAUCCGUUGUGAUAAGAUUUAAGCAUCUUAUCGGUGAAAAUAUCUAG